GAGCCCAAACCUUAUUUUCUUUGUUUUCUUUCUCGUUUUCUGCAAUUACAGUGGAUUCCAGUUCUCAGUACAGCAGUUUGGUAAACAUAGGCGAAGUAGUCUGCUGUUUAUCUCGGAGUUUGAUCAUACAACUUUAAACUCCUUUUCACCGUUCUAUGUUUCGUUUGCCUUCAGGUAUCCUUGCUGUGAAAGCCCCUUCAUCGACAUUACCUAUGAAAUUCAUUUGAGGCGCAAAACACUCUUCUACACUGUGAAUCUAAUUUUUCCCUCAGUGGGUAUAAGUUUUCUUACGGCCCUCGUCUUCUACUUGCCAUCAGAUGGAGGCGAAAAAAUAUCGCUUUGUAUCUCUAUCCUUAUCUCUCUUACGGUAUUCUUUUUGCUUUUAGUCGAGAUCAUUCCGUCGACGUCGCUCGUCAUACCGCUGAUAGGCAAAUACCUUCUGUUCACUAUGGUGCUAGUCACUCUUAGUGUUGUCGUUACCGUUAUUACCUUGAACGUUCACUAUCGGUCACCAUCCACUCACAAUAUGCCAGACUGCGUUCGACGAUUCUUCAUCGAUAUUCUCCCAAGGUAUUUAAAACUUUUUUGCAGUGACGUUUCUCCUGUGAGGUCAGCCGUGGAAAGUGUUGCCUAUAUAGCAGAUCACCUAAAAAACGAAGAAGACGACAAACAGGUUAUCGAAGACUGGAAAUAUGUGUCGGUGGUAAUGGAUCGGGUAUUCUUGUUACUGUUCACAUUUGCUUGUGCGCUGGGCACAGUUCUGAUAAUCGCUCGUGCGCCUUCCAUCUACGACACUACGGUACCUCUGGCCUGA